AUGAUUAUAUAUUUUAGCAUUUAUCUUCAUUCAUUACUUUGUUUUGUAAGAGCCUAUACCGAUGACCUAAUUGAUAUAACGUUCGGGCAGAAAGAAUCUGCCUUCCUUAUCAGCGAUAAUAGAAGUACCAGAUAUGAUUCACCGGUGUAUUUUGCAUCUGCCAGCAACCUGGAUAAAUAUGAAGUGGAUGCCUCUAUAGGUUUAUUUCACAAUUCAUUGACUAUUUUGGGUGACAAAUUACUCGAAAAUUCUAAAUUACAUGUUACUGCUCACACUUUUGACUCUGAAAUAAGUGAAGAAACAAAAACAUUACAUUUUUUAUGUCAUGCAAGCUACUAUGGCGAAAUUCGGGAUUUGGAGUCCGAGCCUAGGAGUGUUUGUUGUAUUAUUUCGAUUAAUGCAACAUACUUCAGUGAAUUGACAUCUUGUGUUCUAGUUAUUGAUCACAAAAAAGAGAACUGGAUAUGUCGUGCAUCCAUCAAGCUUCCUCCUGCUCUAUGGAAGCAGAAAAAGUCACCAGAACUUACUUUAGCAUAUACAGCAUCUGGAUUAUUUUCAUUGUCGGAUGAUGCUAAAAGACAAGAUGCAUCUCUUGACAGUUCACAACUCUGCCAUUUAUCAUUCAAUAAAUUGAAGACUUCAUUUAUUCCCAUUCCGCCAGUAAACAUUGCCCACUCAGUACCUGAUGCUAUUCGUGAUUUAGGAAGAAGCCUUUUGUUGCAGAUUCCUAGAAGGGAAUUAAAAACCAAUGAGGACUUUUUUGUUACUGUACGUUUGAAACAUUUCGAUGAUGUCUCGGAUUUUACUUUAAGAUGUGAAAUACCAUCAAAUACAUAUGUCGAGUUUGUUCAAGUGAUAUGGCCAGCUGGAGUUGGUACACUGUCAUCAUCAUCACCAUUGUCGGCAUCAUCGUUACUGUCACCUUCAACAUCCCAUUCCUUAUCUUCUUCUUCUCCUUCUUCUUCGCCUUUAAUGGGUGAUCCUAAUCCAUAUACAGGUGUAGAUGAAUUCCUCAACUCACCAACAAGUUCUUAUACACCGCCAACAUCAUCCUCAGCGUCGUCGGCAUCAUCCGCAUCAUCUAUAAGAAGUGAAAUAAGACCACACAAUAUGUGGGAUGUAUUUCAUCGAAGUAUUAUUAGUCAAAAACGUAAUAUCACUGAAAUUGUUGCAAGAUUUAGAGAAGAUUUGGCUGUGGCAAGUCCACCAACGAAAUAUAGUUCAGCAACUGAAGUCUACAAACUACAAUUUCGUGUCAAAAAGCCAGAGGCUGAUUCACCUGGUCGAGUUGCACCACGAAUAUUUUGGAGUCUAACAAGUUUGAGUCGACGAAAUUCCCCAGAUCAUGCUGUCAGUGCAAGUCCAGUGGUGACAAGGCUGAAUAUAGAACCUUCAGAGUUGAAACAUAUAACUAUGGUGUUAAAAACUUCAGCAUUAGUUAACCUUGCCGUUCUCACUGGACAACCAACAACCUAUCCAAUCUGGGUAUAUGGUUUAACGCAUGAUUUAAAGAUUAUUGAUAUUACAUCGAAGGCGACAUGUCAUACUGGCGACGAUGCUGUAAUCCAUUUUGCUCAAGAUAUGUGUUCAAAGUUAGGUUUCUCUGGUGCAGAAUUAGACGGUUCCCCGGGGUUGCCAUUAGUUGCUAAAAUGGAUGGUCGUAGUGCUACUGCUACUCUAUUGGUUUGGUUUCCAAAAGCUCCAGCCUUGAAGAUGAUUGUUGAAACGAGUACAAAUAGUAAUCAUCAUCAUAAUAAUAACAAUAAUAUCAAUAAUUAUGAUUCAAGUAAUCAAGAGUCAAGUAAUGUGAUUACACUGAAACGUCUUGCUACUGAAGUUAUUGCGUCACAUUCAAAUUUUCGUAAAUCUUUAUGGGCAAAUCAAAUCAACUCUACAGGAUCUCUUCAAUUUUUUCAAUACUUCCGAGUUCGUAUACUAGCGAGGUUCAUAUUAGCCAGUUCUGUUCUACACGAUAAAGAUGUUCUUGGUGGACGAAUAAAUCAAUAUGUCGAUGUGACUGAAUUCACUGCACAUCGAUUAAGACUAGAAUACACUCAUGACUCUGUUGGUGGUAGUGGCAGCGGUGGCAGCGGCGGCAGCGCCAGCGGAAAUAUUGGCAGUUCAUCAUCGGUUCCAGAUGUUCUCAAUUUUGAAUCACCUGCACGUUUGUUAACCAUUGGUGAAAUACCAACUAGACAGCCACAUCACAGUCACAUGCAUUCAAUUGACACAAUUAAACGUGCCAAACCUUUACGUGUAUGGCUUGUUGGACAACAUCCUGGAAGUGUUAAAAUUCAUUUAGCUCCGAUAGACAGAAGUUUAGUCAAUUCAUUUAUUCCACCUGGAUUAGCUAAACAACUAAAAGAUCAUAUCGCGAAUGAUUUGAAUGUACAUCAAUUUGAAGGGAUUAGUAGUAAUCAAUCACAAUAUCAUAGUUCAUUGGCAAGAGGAGAUCAAAUGCUUAAAGAACCCAGUGUAACUAUUCGAGUUACAGAUGAAACAAGUAUAUGGCCAGUUGGAAUAUCUGCACAAUUGGUAACAGAUUUCUCUGUGCUGAUUAGUCAUCCAUCUGGUGUAGAUGAUACACGUCAACGAGGUGGCCCACCAUCUCCAUUUUCAAAUAAUAAUAUUAACGAAAAUAGUAAUAGUAAUAAUAAUAAUCAUUUAUUUGGUGCAACAUCCACUGAACGUAUGCCUGUUCUAUCUGGUGUCUAUUCAAUUCAUAUUCAACUGAAAGGCAGUAAAUUAACUCAUAGUGGAUCAAUUAAUUCUGAAUUUAAUAAUCAAGAAAGAGGUGUGCAUUCGUCACAGCAAACAAUUUCAACAACACUCUCUAGUGAGUAUCUGAAUCAAAGUGAUAAAGUCAGAUAUCCUCAUCGUCAUCCUCAGGAGAGUAGACAAAUGAAUUCAGUUGGAUUUCUUAUUGUCUGGAUACACUUAUCAGAUGGUUCAUCAGUUUUGUGGAAUAGAAUGGCUGAGAUUUAUGAACAACUUUACGGAAAAGAUAAGAUCCCAUUGAAUCUAUCGAUAAGAAAUUAUCGUCCUGAUUUAUUCUGGAUUGAAACAAAUUCAGCUGGUGUAGUGGAAAGAAAACUUCGAUCGGCUAGAAGAUCACGAUUCUCGUCAACAGUGACACACGGCAGGCAGGAUAAUUCUCAUUUAUCCGGUUUACGAUUAUUUAGAAAGUCUCGAUCGGUGCGGAUGAAACCUCAUCUGACUGCUUCAGUUGAUCCUUCAUCGUCGUCUUUGAAUCAGCUGGCAUAUGGAAGUCUGUUAGAAAAAGAUUUAUCAACAGGGAUGAAUACAAGCAGUUAUUGGUCUGGACCAGUUGUUUGGUUUCUUCACAAGGGAUUGAAGUUUUCUGGUGAUAUUCUGGAAGUUGGAUUAACGUCACCAAGUGGAAAUAUCUUAGUUCCCCAUGUUCGUAUUCAUGCAGAUAUAGUUACAUCGAACAAUGGUAUAUCUAUGAAUGAUUAUAUUAUAAAAAGUAAAGAUACAAAUAGAAUUGAUCCUAAACUUUUACAGACCGUUGAAUCCACAGGAGGUAAUAUUCACAAUUCAAUGGCAUUUAAAGAUUCUCCCGGUUAUUAUGGAUCACAGUCUGUGGCAUCAAUGACCACCAGGUUGGAUAAGAAAAGAGUGAAAGGUUCAUUUGAUGAAUCUGUACACCAAAAGCCAAACUAUUUUUCAUCAUCAACCCCCCAGGUCAAGGACAAGUCUUCAUCACAUUCACUUUCAAUCAAUUCUGAUGAAAAUAGUCAUCUGGACGAUAGACAGUCAAUUUUAUCCGAUGUUGGCGGUGGAGGAGGACAUAUUCCAUCGGAUAGUAGAGAAGCGAUAAAAGAUACUGAAGAUAAACAACAACACAUGAACAGCCGUAGUGGAGGCAGUGCAAGUAAGAUCAGUGACAUUAGCGACAGAGGAGGAGAUGCCAGCGGUGGUAAUAGUGCAAGACCAGUGCUAGAAAUGAGUAUGUACAUCCUGCUCGGGUUAUUCGCUGUUGUUGGCCUGGUAUUUGCUGUCAAUUGUGGUGUUGUUGUUAUACGUUAUCGUUGGGAAAAGAAGAAUACGCGUAAACGUAAUGCAGGAACUAUUGAUGAUAGUAAUGCUAAUGAUAAUGUUUAUGACAGUAACAAUACUAGUGCCAGUUGCAUUCGUAAGAAACGCAAUAAAUCAAUUAGUCGUAAUACACCAUCGCCAUCACUGCCACUUACCAGCGGAUUGUUGAACAAAGAUGAUGAUGAAAUUGUAGACAACAAUCAGAUCAUGUCGUCUAUGCAUGCUUCAUCGAGUUGUAAAAGAAUGCACCGGUCAAAAAGUGAUGUAGAGAAUCAAGAAAGACUUCUCACUACUUCCAACAAUAGUAGCAAUAAUAACAGUAAUAAGGAUGGUGGGAAGCGUACAAAACGAUCGGCUACAUCAAUGUUUACAAGUCGUCAAAAACACAAACCCUUAUUGCAUCGAGAUUCAAGUUGGGUAUGGGUUGGUCGUCAACAGGUUAUCGGUGAACAAAAUGAAACCAGCAAUCAAGACUACAACCUUAAACAACAUCAUCAGCAUCUUUCUCAUGCCCAGAUGCAUUAUUCGGCUCCGCCUAAUGAGAACAAUAACAACAACAGCAACAACAAUAACCCUAAUCAAAUAGACUCGAAACACUGUCAUUCACAUAAACGUUCAUUACAAUUCAAUGAAUCAAAAAAGCAUCCAACAACUGCUGUUCUAUCUGUCGGUGAAGCUGAUAUGCUGCUAUUACAAUCACCAUAUCGUGAAAAUGUAUGGCAGGAUACUAUACGUUCAAGUACAAUUGAAUCCGAAUCACAAUUUUUAUUAUUUGCAAGUGUCAACGGCGGCCAAUUUGGUUGUCCAGAUGGAAAACAUCUAACGCCUGAAAUGUCUAGUCAAUUCUCACCGACAUUUAAUCUAUCCAGAAAUGAAUGUCAAACACUUGGACGUAAUCUAAGACGUCAUACAGGUGGAUUUACACAAAGAAAUUAUCAGGGUCAAGAAUGCAGUAUACGGAUAAUUAGUAAUCCAUUAUCAGACAACAACAACAACAAGCGGCAAUCACAAUCACAACAACCACAAAAUCAAUUCACCAAUCCACAACUUUUCAUGUCUCAAUAUCCAUCAGAAAAUAUCAAUUAUGCACACAAUACAGUCGACACACUAACAAAAUCAGCUAUUGUAUGCGAUUCUUGGUUAAGCACACCGUAUCCAGUUCCCCUGACAGGUAGUGCUAGUGCAUCUUUACAUCGUAAAUACAUACCACCACAUUGUAUUCGUGAUGAAUAUGGCGGUGGUGAGCAGUUCAACUCUAAAGCAUUUACACCUAAUAUGAUUCGAUCAAAUCAGGUGAAAAAUCUUUCGAACUAUCCAGUUUUGUCGAAUUCACCACAACCGAUCUAUCCACCGUUAAUGAUAUCAUCCCCUUUACCUGACUAUCGUCAGACAGCGUCAUCAGAAGCAACAGCCACAACAGCAGCAGCAGUAGCAGGUCAACACAACUGGAUCAAGUCAGUUAGUAAUGAUGAUUCACACGACAGUUAUAACCACUCGUCAAUUGAUCGACCAGACUGUACAACUAACAAUGAAAUGCUUGAUGUCUCAUCACCAAUCUGUCCACUGAAUUCUCCUUGGCAGAUUCGACGACCACAAAAAUCAACAAAAAAACGUAGUCACCAGCAAAAACAACAACAACAUCAUUCAGAAUAUUAUCCUGAUGACAAGAUCUGUGAUCAAAUGGCAGAAUCAAAUGGUGAUGAUGAUGAUGAAGGUGUAUCAGAGAAAAAUGAUAUUUAUUAUAGUCAAAAUCCACCAUUCCCGCCUGUCAGGACAACAAGUCGUGGAACAAUCCUGUGCCAUACUCUUGGUCAUUUGAAAAGGAAUAACAAUUACGAUAAUAAUAAUCAUCAUUCGCGUCCACUUAGUUUACCACAAAGUUUUCAUGCAACAAAUGAAUUAUAUUCAACAUUGUGUAAAACAGAUUCAUCUAAUGAAUGUAUGCAAUUUUUAAUGGACGAUAUUCGUGGAGAACAUGAAAAACUUCACAAUAUUAUUAAGACUGAUAAUAAUAAUAAUGUUAACAAUACUAAUGUUAAUCCCACUGAAAUAACCCUGGAAGUUUGUCAAGAUUGUCUCCAACCCACAACAUAUUUUAAUAAACAACAAAGUCCAAGUGAAGAGAGUCUUUGGUGGUAUCAUCCAGUUCAUCAGAAACGUAGACGUAAACGUAAACACGAAUCGAAGAAACACGCCGGUGAGAUUAGAUCAGGUCAUCAUAACCAUCAACAUCUUCACCUGUUGCAACAACCGCAGCAAAAACAUCAUCAACAUCAUAAGGAUAAAUUUAUCCCUACCACCUCUGGACAGUCAAAUGAUCUAUUGAAACAAACAGUUGGUCACCAUGGCAAUGGAGGUAUUGUGUCUGGUGCCUCUAUUAUGCCUGCAUUUAAGAACAGUGAUGAACAUGAAAUACAGAAAAAUUAUUUGAUUUCAGAUUUACAUGACCUUGAUGUAAGGAGCGAAUUUCAAAACACUCCAGCUAUAUCAAAUCCUCCAUUACAUUUUAAUAAUGAUUUAAUACAAGAAGAUGUGGAAGCAGAAGAGGAACAGGAGGAGCAGGUGGAGGUGAAGAAUGACAAGGAAUUACAAAUACGCCGCCGCUGCCAGCAGCAGCAACCGCAGCAACAGCACCACUAUCAAAAAGAACAAGGACAUGAGGAGAAGGAGGGGGAGGAGAAUUUAAAUAAUCAAUUAAAUUCACAGUCUGAUUUAAGUUGGGAUCAAGAAUUACUCUGUUUAUCACAUGAUCGUCUGGUAGCUUAUUUCGCUGAAAUGAAGGAGUCUAAUGCUUAAUGUAUCAUUAUUACUAUUAUUAUUAUUACU